AGAACAGAGGAGAGAGGAGACGUCCCCUCCAGAGGCCGCACCAUGGUUAUCCCUAUGACUGGAGGAAAUGCCGCACUGGACAUAAAGUCGCAUCACUUGUCGCAGACAUGAGAUCUUUUUCUUGGAAUGUAAAGUUUUCCUGAAGUUUCUACCGGGAUAAUCCAGAAACUGGAGGCAGAAAAAUCCUAAAAGACACAGGAUGGAGACGAACAUAUUCCCCAACUCCUCCGCUCAGUCAUACGGGCACCAACUAGAACAGCACACUGAAAUAGUUCUGGCCGUCUACAUUUUGACUUUCAUGUUGGGCCUGCCUUCCAACCUGUUGGCUUUCUACGCUUUUCUAAUCAAGGUUCGUAAGAAGCCAACUCCAGUGGACAUUCUUCUCCUUAACCUGACCAUCUCAGACCUCGUCUUGCUACUCUUCCUUCCUUUAAAGAUGCGGGAAGCUGCCUCUGGAAUGAUUUGGGACAUGCCAUUGUUUCUUUGCCCCCUUACAGGUUUUUUCUAUUACAGCAGCAUCUAUAUCAGCACUUUGUUCCUCACAGCUGUCAGCGUUGAGCGAUAUCUUGGAGUGGCCUUUCCAAUUAAAUACAAGCUUCACCGAAAACCUUCCUAUGCAACAUUUGCAAGUAUCAUCUUCUGGUUUUUAGCCUGUGCUCACUGCAGCAUUGUUUAUGUGGUCCAGUACUCUAUACCCAACAAUGGCACAUCUAGCAACCAAACCAAAUGCUAUGAGACAUUCUCUCAAGAUCAACUGAAGGUUCUGUUACCAGUACGAUUGGAGUUAGGAGUGGUCCUCUUCUUCAUCCCAUCCAUGAUAACUCUUUUCUGUUAUAUAAACUUUGUACGGAUUCUGCUAUCCUUACCCAAUAUCCAAAAGCAGAGGAAGCAACGAGCUAUUGGCUUGUGCCUGGCUACACUUGCCAACUUUUGCAUCUGUUUUGCUCCAUACAAUAUAUCUCAUAUUGUUGGGUUCAUCAAAAAUGAGAGUCCACCAUGGAGGGUGCAAGCUCUUCUUCUCAGCACAUUCAAUGCCGCGUUGGAUCCAGUUGUUUUCUAUUUCACUUCAACGGCUGUCAAGAACACCUUUUUUGACUUUUUAGCUAUCUUCUUUGUAAAAUUAAGGAACGUUUGGCCAUGUAAGAAGCUCUGUCCACUCCAGUCUGAUCAUCCAUUUAGAAACAGUAAUAUAGAAAGGUCCUCCACUUAA